UUUCCUAUUCCCAUCGUCUUCCUCUGCGGUUUCGUCACGCUUCUCUGACCUAUCUUAUUUCUCUCCCAUCCAUCUCUCACAACAUUAAUAACGUUUCCUCUCAAUUCCUCAAUCUCAAAUCCCAAGUCAAAAUCAAAUCUCCAAUACUUUCUUCAAUCCAACAAACAAAAUAAAAAAUAUCUGCUUCCCUCUUUCUCACCAGAUCCAGAAUCCAAAUCCACAUUCAAUCCAACAAUGGUAUCCGUCAAAUUGGGAAUGCUCCACUACGUUAUCGACCACGUCUACGGAGCCUUCAUGCACCGCACGAGGAUAACUCCACCGUUCUUCUCCCGAGGAUGGGGCGGUCCAAAGCUCGAGCUCCUCGAGCGGAUGGCUAAACAGCUCUUCCCUAUGUACGUGGAAGGUCAUAACUGGCCUCCGCCGUUGGUUCGUCCCGUGUGGAAGACCGUGUGGGAGACGAAGACUGCUUGUCUUAGAGAAGGUGUCUUUCAGACUCCUUGUGAUGACGAGCUUACCGCUGCUUUGCCUCCUGAGUCUCGUACAGCGAGAGUGGCUUGGCUUGUUCCUAAAAACGUUCCUCCUCAGAAGAUGUCUUGCGUUGUUCAUCUUGCAGGCACAGGAGAUCAUACAUAUGACAGGAGAUUGCGUUUGGGUGGACCUUUGGUGAAGCAAAACAUUGCAACUAUGGUGCUUGAAAGCCCUUUAUAUGGCCGAAGGCGUCCGUUUCUACAACGUGGAGCGAGGCUGCUCUGUGUUAGUGAUCUGCUUUUACUUGGGAGGGCAACGAUUGAUGAGUCCCGCAGUCUUCUUCACUGGCUAGACACUGAGGAAGGCUUUGGAAAAAUGGGUGUUUGUGGGCUUAGUAUGGGAGGAGUACAUGCUUCGAUGGUUGGAUCGCUUCAUCCAACACCAGUUGCUACACUUCCCUUCCUGUCUCCACAUUCUGCUGUUGUUGCAUUCUGUGAAGGAAUACUAAAGUAUGGAACCGCUUGGGAGGCACUAAGGGAAGAACUUGAGGCGCAGAAGAUAACAAUGACUCUUGAAGAAGUCAGAGAGAGGAUGAGAACUGUUCUCUCCCUCACAGAUGUCACUCGCUUCCCUAUCCCCAAAAACCCUGAUGCUGUCAUCUUUGUUGCUGCAACUGAUGAUGGAUACAUACCAAAGCACUCUGUGUUGGAGCUUCAAAAGGCGUGGCCUGGUUCAGAAGUGAGAUGGGUUAGAGGUGGACACGUCUCCUCCUUUAUUCUGCACAAUGAUGCGUUUCGCAGGGCAAUCGUGGACGGUCUCGACAGAGUAGACUGGAAGGAAUCAUGGUGACCCAACAUAACACAAAGGGAAGGGGCCUUCAUGUAUAUGUCGUAAUCUCCUCUUGUUGUUGUAUCAUUUGUUUUUCUUUUAACAUUCUUUCGCUUUUAGAAAGUGGUGAGGAUAGUAUCCACUUUUCUGGCCGUUGUAUUAUUUCUGUCUCGACACACAGCAACUGUUUCAGAAAACUUCACACAUUACAUUCCACUAUUAACUCAUACAUACCUCUCUCUCUGUAAUUUGAAAAGGUUUUUAGGGCUCUUUUUCCUUGCUUUUACUGUUAUCUGGAUAGUCUUCUGAAUAUAGUAUUUUUUUCUGAAUAUAGUAUUUUUG